GUUUUGUUAUUUUAGUUCAAGUUCACUACUCUGGCGCUAGGGGUGGAUGUGGUAGUUUCGUAACAGUGUGGAAAUUAACAAAAGUUUAAAUAUCGAAGAAAAAAGUAAAAUUAUUCGGUCAAAGCCAUGGGUACACGUAAGAAGGGCGCUGAAUUUAUUAAACAUAUAACAGAUAUAAUUAAACAAUCUUCUGGAUUUGAGAAACAUUUGGAAAAGGUUAAAAUCACUAGCGGCGGCGAGGGUAAAUGCACGGCAGAAUUUGUGGUGAGCACAGAGCAUCUAAAUCGAUUGGGCGGUUUGCAUGGCGGUUUUACAGCCACAUUGGUCGAUAUGGUCACAACAUAUGCUCUGAUGUCCAAACCAUGCCAUCCGGGAGUAUCAGUGAAUAUUAAUGUGAAUUACCUGAAAGCAGCCAAGGCCGGAGAUGAAGUUCUUAUCGACGCAAAUCUCUUGAGGGCUGGCAAGAAGUUGGCCUUCCUCGAAUGUGAGCUAAGGCACAAGAAAGACAAUUCAAUAAUAGCCAAGGGUUCGCACACAAAAUUCGUUGAUUUUCAAUAGCAGAAUAUGUAAAAUACAAUCUAGCAGUAGAACAAAUAGGAAUAAAAAUGCACACCUUUAGUGAAUAUAGAA